AUAUGACACUUGUAACAGAAACUGUAUAAAUAGCCAUAGGCAUUUAAUAUGAUUUAGUUAAGUUUGGAACUGCCACCAGUCAGUGAGUCCGAAUACAACAUUUUUCGCUAAAAAUGAAAUACUCUUUGCUGUUCGUCGUCGGCGCUUUGCUGUUUGUGCAAUUCGCCCACGCCUUGCCUCACAUGAAACGUGAGUCCGUCGCUGUUGAAAUCGCACAAUCACACAACAGCGUUCACCACUCUGUAGAUUCCUCAUCCGAAGAGGACACUCCUGAAGCUCAACUGAUUGUUUACACUUUAGCCGAAAUCGCUAAACUAGCCACAUGGAUACUCGAAAGGGGUAGCGUAGUCGUUAAAAACACCGUGAAAGAGUUGAAGGAAAUCCCAGUUAAAGAUGAACUCUUGCAAGCGAAUAUCACACGCAUGUCUGAAGUGGCCAAGGAAUCCUCUGAAUUCACCCUGACGGCAGAUGAAGAGGGCGUUUUGAAAUUACUCAUGUACAUGGUUAACUUUGCCACAAUGAUGGAUGACUAUGAGAACAUGCCUGCCGAUUCGAAACUGAAACACACUUUGCAAACGGCGCUCGAAAAUAAUGGCUACGCCAGGUUUGAGAGCGAUUUCGAAGAGAAAGUUAUACAGUUGGCAAAGGACUUCGACAAGGCAUUUGGUGAAUAUGUUAAGGUUUUGUCCCCGGCAGAGAAGGUGAAGCAAGCCAAGUUACUUAAGUGGUACGAUGACUUCAAGGCCGAAACUGAUGAAGAGAAGAAACUUGACAAAUUUGGCGAAUUUUUUGACCAUUUAUCUUAAAUCACAAGAUACUGAAAUGAUUGGAGAAUAAAUAUCGAUUUGAAUGGCUA